AUGGUUCCACGAUAUUUCCUCAGCACUCUUGCGUGGCUCAAGAUGUUGGGCGUUGCUGCGGGCAAUCGGCUACUCCCUCCUGCAGACAGUUUCGAAGGCCAAGGCGAUCUCCCUUCGUUCUCGCUAAAGCUGGGAAACGACACAGCUUCGGUAUGCAACAGCACUACGCCUGGGACUGCAGGCUUCAUCAAGUCGGAUGAUGGCACCGAUAGUGAGAUGUUCUUUUGGCUCUAUGAAAGCAAGAACGAUCCAUCGACAGACCCUGUCAUUCUUUGGAUGAGCGGCGGCCCUGGCGCCUCGUCCACCGCAUAUGGAGGUUUAAUGGAACUCGGCCCCUGUCGCAUCGCUCACGAAGGUGGUUAUACGGUCGAUAAUCCUUUUGGGUGGAAUACUAAUGCCUCGGUUAUUUUCGUUGACCAACCCGUGUCGGUCGGAUUCUCUCGCGGAAACGCCAUACCAGAUGGCUUAGUCGAUGCCUCCCACCUCAUGCAUAGGUUCCUGCGUCAAUUCUUCACCGCGUUCCCCCAGCUGUCUCACCAAGACUUCUAUAUCUCCGGUGAGUCGUACGGAGGCUCGUGGGUCCCCGCCCUUGGUGCCAUCAUCGCCAAAAGCCAGGCCGAGGGCGACAAGUCUGGUUAUUCCGUCAAUCAGCAAUCGAAGCCUUCACAAAACCAGCUGAGCGAACCUGCUGGAGCUGUGAAGAUUAACCUCAAGGGUGUCAUGGUUGGAAAUGGCCUGAUAAGAAGGUCUGUCCAGAACGGCGGCGGUUUUGAGACUGCUUGCUCUGGCCCUGACAGCCUCUUCAACUCAUCCACUUGCCGGAAAUGGGCACCUCGAGCUAUGUGGUGCGAACAGAAUCUCGGCGUCUGCGAGACUGAGGGAUGGACCUCGGACGUGUGCCGGAAAACCGAGAAGCUCUGUAGCGAGAUGGGUCAGUAUGUUACAGGGACCCUACGGCGUAACCCCAACGAUUUCCGCCUCCCUUGCGAAAAUGAGUUGGAAUGCUACGCAGAGAUGCCACUCAUAGAUGAGUAUUUCAACAGAACAGAUGUCAAGACAGCGUUGGGCGUCGAACCGAAUGCGCCUUUUAGGGGUGUUUCCCUUGAAGUGUUCAAUCGGUGGCAGGAGAAUGGUGAUCUGUGGAAAUCGAGCGACAGCUACGUCAACUAUCUCUUGAACGCGAACUACCGUGUUCUUAUCUACGUAGGUGAUAAGGAUUGGUACUGCAAUGCCGCCGCCGGCAUGCGACGGUUGGUCGAUCAGGGGCUUGUUUGGCACGGUCACCCUUUCUUCCGAUUUCGAGAGCUCAUCCCAUGGUACACAGGGCUCAAACCUGCCGGCCGUUGGAAGGCGUAUGGGCCCUUAACCUAUGCCGAAAUUGUCGACGCCGGCCACUUGGCGCCAUUCGACAAACCUGAGGAGACGCUGACGUUGAUAAAUUCUUGGAUUCAAGGAUCGCUCCCUUCUCACUGA